AUGUCCUCUCGUUCUGCUUACAAAGGAACUCGCCGUCGACUUGUUCUAGCAUUUGAUAUCGGCACCACAUACAGUGGCAUCUCUUACAGUAUUCUCGAUCCUGGUCAAGUACCACAGAUCAAAGGAGUUACCAGAUUUCCUGCACAUGAGCUGAUUAGCGGUGCAUCGAAAAUACCCACUAUCAUUUACUACGACCAGCAAGGAAAGGUUCGUGCAGUAGGGGCCGAGGCUACACGAGAGGGAAUUUUCGAAGAAGCAGAAGACGGUGAUUGGGUCAAGGCCGAGUGGUUUAAACUACAUUUGCGGUCUAAACUAGGUGCCGGAAAGCAUAUGACGGACCAAAUUCCACCGUUGCCCCUCAAUAAGACAGUCGUUGAGGUCUUUGCCGACUUCUUGCGAUACAUGCUGGAAUGUGCUUCAGCCUAUAUCCAAGAUACCCAUGCCAAUGGUCCUGCGCUCUGGGCGUCCGUUCAAGGUGAUAUCGACUUUGUUUUAUCGCAUCCAAAUGGUUGGGAAGGAAAAGAGCAAACCCAGAUGCGCCAGGCGGCUGUACUGGCAGGUCUCAUUCCAGACACUGCUGCUGGACAUGCCCGCGUUUCCUUUGUGACCGAGGGUGAGGCUAGUCUUCAUUUUGCGAUACAAAACGGAGUUCUGUCCGCUGCUAUCAAGAAUGGGGAGGGUAUAGUGAUUGUUGAUGCUGGAGGAGGUACCGUUGACGUCAGCAGUUACUCGAACGGUUCAAGUGGAAUAUCGAACUCCUACGAGGAAAUAGCACCCCCUCAAUCCUUCUUGGAGGAAUCAGAUUUUAUUGAUGACCUCGACCACAUCGUCAGAUGCUUCGAUAAAACUACAAAACCACGGUUUAGAAACGCGGAAGAACCCCAGUAUAUCAAAUUUGGCUCGACAAGGGAUAACGACCCUGAAUGUAAUAUUCGUCUGGGGCAAUUGCGAUUGGCUGGGUAA